AUGUUUUUUGGAACGAUCGGACAAAGUGAAAAAAAUUUUGAGGAGCGUCUUGAAUAUUUUAAAAAAUCCUGUGAAGUUUAUGAGUUAACGAAUUAUUCAGUACCACAAUAUUAUAUUACCUCAUUUGGGAAAAAGUUUAACCAAUUGAUAGAGUGCAUAGGUAAACAAUUUUUAGAAGACAUAUGUAAAGCUUUAAGUGAAGUAAGACCCGAGAGGGAUUAUGGUGUGCAUUUAUGUUGUUCAUUUUUUCCAACUGUCAAGGAAAUCAGAAAUAUAUUCUCGAAGGAGGAUGAACGAAUGUAUACCAAACAAAUUAAAGCCAUAGAUAAAGUAUUAAUAUCAGAACCAAAUAAACGAAAUUUUUAUGGAUGUAUUAAAAGGUUUAAAAACCAAGUGCUUGACAUGAAUAUAGCAAAUGGUAAACUUAAUAUUAAAUCAAUGGCUUGUAGAUUUAUAAUACGAUAG